GAGCUGGAAAAAGAGCUGGUUCCCGAAUGGAAGGCCAAGUACCUCGACUACAAGGGCGGCAAGAAGAAGAUCAAGCUCAUCCUUCGAGCAAUCCAGAGGGCAACCCGAAGCCCGCGCACCCCGCGCACUCCGUUUAUUCAACACCCAGACCCGGCAGCAAAACCACCGGACCCUAAUGACCCCCAAAGCACCAGACGGGCCGAAAUCUCGACACCCAAACCACAGGCCGAGCAACAACCAUUGCGGAGACGCGGGUCGCGGUCGUCGGAUCAUGCUACCUAUGGGAGUACCUACGACUCUCCCAAACUGGGCGGGAGGUCGGAGAGAAGAUCGUUUGAACUUCCCGAUCCUGCGCUCGACCCGACUCCGCAAUAUGUGCCACCAUACGAGGCUCCAGCACCUGCGAAGGCAGAGACCUCGCCCGCACAAAGGUCACAACAGCCCGCGAUGCAAAGCCCCUCCGCUGGAAACUUGACGACGUCGGUGCAGCGAGGUACGCAGCUGAUUCUGCGUGUUAUCUCUCAAACAGAGGGUUCCUCUCGGGGGAGGAAGACGCCCGCGGAAUCUGCUCUGGAGGUCGAGAGACGCCACGACGAGUUUUUUGCCUUCCUAGAUGGCGAGCUGGAGAAGAUCAACUCCUUUUAUGAGGCGAAAGAGCGCGAGGCCACCGCGCGAUUGGAGGUUCUCAGUGCCCAGCUCCAUUUUAUGGUUCAUCGGCGAAGGCAGCAAGUGCUAGCUGCCAAGAAAUCCAUGGAGGAAAUCAGUCAUGAUACUCAACGUCAGCCGAAGGGGUUUGGCGGGCUGAGUGGUGCCGGGCUUCGGAAUGCAACUCGGGCACUUGCGUCGGAAACUUGGAGCAAAACUCGGACACUUGCGGGCAGGACUCAGUUUGGGAAGAACUCCGAGGCCAUGGCCACCCAGGGGGCGUCCCCCGAGGUGGAUGCGACGACUCGCCAAUACCUGGCGCAAAGAGACUACGCCCCGCGCGAAGAUACACCCAACAACGACGUGUCAUAUCGGACAGCUAAGCGUAAGCUCAAACACGCCUUGCAGGAGUUCUAUCGUGGAAUGGAGCUGCUCAAAGCUUAUGCUUACCUCAACCAAACGGCCUUUCGGAAAAUCAACAAAAAGUAUGACAAGGCGGUCAACCCCCCCGUCCCGAUGCAAUACAUGACAGAACGUGUCAACCGGGCAUCCUUUGUACAGAGUGAAGUACUCGAAACACUGAUAGAUACCGUGGAAGACUUAUAUGCGCGGUAUUUCGAGCGCGGUAAUCAUAAAAUAGCCGCCUCGAAACUUCGUCACUCAGUGAAGAAGAGAAACGACUUCUCUCCCUCUACGUUCCGCGCGGGCCUUUGGCUCAUGGCGGGAACCCUGCUUUCCGCCCAGGCGCUCGUUCGUGCGUCACGGCAUCUACUCUCUGGCGAUUCCAUCAGGAAAGUUCAGACUAGUUAUUUGUUACAGAUUUACGGAGGGUACUUCCUGAUCACAUUUCACCUAUUGCUGUUCUGCAUAGCUUGCAUGAUCUGGACGAAAUCUAGGAUCAACCACGCAUUUGUUUUUGAAUAUGAACCCAAGCACAUCUUGGAGUGGCGCCAGUUGUUAGAGUUCCCGUCUUUCUUUAUAUUUCUCAUGGGUUUAUUCAUGUGGCUCAAUUUCUCAUGGAUAAAUGUCAUGUACAUAUACUGGCCUGUAGUACUUGUUGGUUUGACCGUUAUCAUUGUUUUUCUGCCAGCCCGCGUGCUGUAUCAUAAAAGCCGAAAGUGGUGGGCCAUUACGAAUUGGCGCCUGUUGACUGCCGGAGCGUUGUACAAAGUCGAGUUUCGUGAUUUCUUUCUUGGCGAUAUGUACUGCUCUCAGGUCUACUCCAUGGGGAACAUUGAGCUUUUCUUCUGCCUCUACGCCUCACACUGGCAGAAUCCAGUCAAGUGCAAUUCGUCUCAUUCGAGGCUGCUAGGCUUUCUCACAUGUGUACCCGCGAUAUGGCGUAUGUUCCAGUGUAUCUUUCGUUACAUAACCUCGAAGCAGGCGUUUCCGCAUUUUGCCAAUCUGGUUAAGUACAUGUUCAGUGUGCUCUACUAUGCGAGUUUGAGUAUGUACCGCAUCGACAAGCGCACGCGCUUCCAAGCGCCGUUCAUAACGUUCGCUCUCUUGAACGCCGUUUACACUUCCGUCUGGGAUGUGGGCAUGGAUUGGAGUCUGGGUACCCCUCAGUACAAGCUCCUGCGGGAGGAACUAGUUUGGCGCCGCAAUCCGUGGGUUUACUAUAUCGCGAUUGUGGUGAACAUCGUGAUUCGAUUCAACUGGAUCUUCUACGCCAUCUUCUCCAACGAUAUCCAGCAUUCAGCAGUGCUCAGCUUCGCCGUUUCGCUGUCAGAGGUAGUCCGUCGUGGAGUGUGGGCCGUCUUCCGUGUGGAGAACGAACACUCCUCGAACGUGCGUCGGUUCCGUGCCUCACGAGAUAUCCCUCUCCCAUACGACCUUUCCACCAUUCUACCCGCAGCAGGCCAGAAUGUCCCGGAAGCGGGUGACUACCAGCUUCAAGAACAGGUCCCGACAACACCAUUCAUGGCCCCUGGUGACGUCGAACAUGGAGACGUAGACGCGGCCGCCCGGCGCGCCCGCGAAGGCCGCUCACGCAUCAGCCGCGUCGGCACUAUGGUCGCAUCCGCGCACACACAGGACUUCGAGCGCCGCCGGCUCCCGUCGUAUAUGUCUAGUGCAACAGUGGACCAAGACCAUGAUCGCAGUUUGGAAGAUACGACUGAUGAAGAAUAUGGCUUCACGACUGAUGAUGAUUCGGCGGAUGAGACCAAUGGACAGGGCAAUAGACGAUCCCCAAUGCAUCGCAUUGCCGAGUAG